GUUUAUCCCUGCCUCCUGAGACCCCCUUUUUUUAAAAAAUAAAAUAUAUUCUCUUGAUGCAUGAUUUUAUUGCACGUAUAUGUAAUUAAUAAUUUAGACAAGAAAAGGAGAGGGCUUUAUAUAAAGGUGGGUGGGGUGUGGGGCUUUUUGGGUCAUUACUCAUUACAAGCUAGUGUUGGUAAGACUUUUGCAUUUAGUUUGGGGAAUUGCAAUAUUGGUCAGCUAGCUAGGAAGUGGUGUUGUUUUUGUGUUAGUGCUAUGGGAAGGCAACCCUGCUGUGACAAACUUGGGGUGAAGAAGGGUCCAUGGACUGCUGAGGAAGACAAGAAGCUCAUCAACUUCAUUCUCACCAAUGGCCAAUGCUGUUGGCGCGCCGUGCCAAAGCUCGCUGGCCUCAAGCGCUGUGGCAAGAGUUGUCGCCUUCGUUGGACGAAUUAUCUUCGUCCAGACUUGAAGAGAGGGCUACUCACAGAGGCAGAGGAGCAACUUGUUAUUGAUCUCCAUGCCCGUCUUGGCAACAGGUGGUCCAAGAUUGCUGCCAGGUUACCCGGAAGAACAGACAAUGAGAUUAAAAAUCAUUGGAACACCCAUAUCAAGAAAAAACUCCUUAAGAUAGGUAUUGAUCCCGUUACUCAUGAGCCUCUCAAAAAACAAGCUGCAGCAUCUUCUCAGGAUAGUUCAUCCUCCCCUGCAGAGCAUUUGCCGCAACCUGGCAAUAACCUUGAUGAUCAGGUCAAAGAAACUGAAGGGAUUCUUCUCAACUCAGAGGAGAAUUCAAGUUCAUCACAAGCUGAAAAUUCUUCUGGGGAUGAUUCACUUUUGCUAGAUAGCAUUUGCAGCGACGAUUCUCUAUUAAACAGCAUGUGGCUGGAUGAAACUCCUCUGGUGGAAGCAUUAUGGGACACAACACCUAACCUUGAGAAUACUAGUAAUAACAUGGGUUUGUUACCAUCUUGGGAGGAUAAUUGUGCUUGGUUAUUGGACUGUCAAGACUUUGGUAUUCAUGAUUUUGGGUUUACCUGUUUCAACGAGAUAGAGUCACAUGCACUGCAAACUAUAGGAAUGAAGGAAGAGGGGCAUUAGCACGGGAAUUUAAUUGUCUAUGAAAGAAAAUUAAGGGUAAGAUAUCAAAUCUAUAAAUGUGACAAAAUACCACGGGCUCAAAUUUAGGUUCUUGGUGUUGAAUUUUAUCUACCUAGUAUUUUACAAAAAUGUUUCUCUCGGAAGGUGGAAGGUGAACGUUUCCUCUUGUGAGGUUCCUCGCCAACCAAAACACAAAAUUGAUAGCAAAGCAAAACCAAAUCAUCAUCAAAAUGGCACAGUACGUACGUACUUUCUUCUUCUAAUUAAAUGCUGCAUGUAUUUAUGUGUACGGUAGGGACAUAACAAAUGGGAAAUGUCUAGUGAGUGCAGAAACAUAUUGUACAAAGAAGUCUACUUUGAAAAUAAUGGUAAAAUCUUUUGUGAUUACAAGUUCACUUGUAUUCUCU